GUCCCGAGCGUCAGUCGAAGAGCCACUCCCUUCCAUUCGUCUCUUUCGCCGUAUUUUAUCUAUAAAAUCAAAAUUUUAUUUGUUUUUUAAAUCGUGGGCACACAGAGAUAAACAUGGCGAUCGUUUCUAUAGCAAGCUCGAUUCCCACCUUUAGUUCUCCGAAUCAACUGCGAAUUAGCCGGUCGAAUUCGAAAUCGGUUUGCUGCAGAAGAUACUCUGGCAUGGCUUUCGCAACGGGAGUAAACGUUACGGAAGGAGAAGGCAAGUUGCCGAAGCUCGUCCUCACUUCCCCUCGAGGGAGUGAGGCUGAGAUAUAUCUAUUUGGAGGCUGCAUUACAUCCUGGAAAGUUGCUGGUGGGAGGGAUCUUCUUUUCGUCCGACCAGAUGCUGUGUUCGACAAGAAAAAGCCCAUAAGCGGAGGCAUUCCCCAUUGCUUUCCACAGUUUGGACCAGGAAAAAUGCAACAGCAUGGCUUUGCAAGGAACAUGGAGUGGUCCGUUGUUGAUUCUGAAAGUGCGGAAGACAAUGCUACUGUAACUCUGGAGCUUCAGGAUGGUCCUUACAGUAGAGGCAUGUGGGAUUUUGGUUUCAAGGCUCUAUACAAGGUCGUUGUUGGUACAAACAGCCUUUCUACUGAGCUGAAAAUAACAAACACAGACAACAAGCCCUUCUCUUUCACCACUGCCUUGCAUACUUACUUCCGUGCUUCUGCCUCAGGGGCAUCUGUGAGAGGUCUGAAGGGCUGUAAAACUCUGAAUAAAGAUCCUGAUCCUGCGAACCCGAAGGAGGGUAAAGAAGAGAGGGACGAAGUCACUUUCCCUGGGUUUGUGGAUUGCAUCUACCUUGAUGCCCCUAAUGAAUUGCAGCUCGAUAACGGGCUGGGUGACAAAAUAACCAUCAGGAACACAAAUUGGUCAGAUGCUGUCUUGUGGAACCCUCAUUUGCAGAUGGAGGCUUGUUACAGAGACUUUGUCUGCGUUGAAAAUGCAAAGAUUGGGGAUGUGAAGAUAGAUCCAGAUCAGUCUUGGACUGCAACACAACUUCUCAGCAUCAGUUGAACCUUAUCUACUUCAUAGAUUUUUGUUGUGUCAUGAACUGGAAUGUUUCAGUUUUCUUUCUCAAUCCAUAGAGUGUUUUUCCUUUCUGAGACCAUCUUUCUCUUCAUAAUUUAUGACAAGUUCGAGUUUAAGACGA